AUGUCCCUUCGCUUUUUGAACGGUAUACCGCUCGACCAGCCGCUGCGGCAGCCCAAGAGCUCCGAGUCCUUCCAAUCUUCAGCUAGCCGGAAGCACACGCUCGAGACACAUAAACGCGAAGUUGGGAACGUACCGACCCUGUACAACAUUGACACCAAAGAGCCGCUGCCCGUUCGAAACCAGGAGCAAGAAUGGUCUCUGUCAUCCACAUCACCCGCGUCUCCGGUCCAAAGACUACAGUCGAGGCACUACAAGAAUCUUCCACUGUGGUGGACGGUCUUGUUGGCUGUGGUGCCUAUAUUGGCAUUCACCACCGCCUUCUUUGGCAUCGUGAUAGCUGACAGGGCCAAGACGGAUCAAACGAGUCCCUUUGACAAUAAGACAUCUUCCUGGGACGACCGCGCAAAUGUCUUGGUCAAUCGUUCCGCAACGCAGCUUGUAUUUUUGGCUGGAUUCAGCAGUACCCUUGCACCAAUGCUGCUUGGAAGCCUGAUGACCCUGUGGCAUUAUCCCACAGCGCGGCAUUUGUUCGAGCUAUCCCAACGGGGGAAUCCGAAAAAGCUGCCUACGCCUCAACAACUCAGCAUUCUGGUCGGCCUAUCUGCAGGCUCAGUCGAUGAGCUUCGAAGGUACAUCAUUUACCGAUGCCGCCGCUUCAGGGCGGCAGAAGCCGCGAUCCUGAGCAGAUCGGCCCUUGUGCUUUUCCUGAGCAUAGUUCUGGCAGGACUAGUACUCUUGGCCGACAUUGGUGUUCAUAAUUUCACAUCAACUGUUGCUAUCAGACUUUCUACCCUGGAAAGUCAUCCAAGCGGCUCAUAUGGGAGGGGGCUUGCUAGCCACUGUAUCGAUUUUGACAGGAGUCGAAACCAGGGCCUGCCUUGCACGGUCGUUGCUGAUGCUAGCGUCGGUGCCAACGCCGUUGCAUUCGACUCUGGCGAGAUCAUUUCCAUGCAAGCAAAUCAUUCAAAGGUCAACAGUGCAUGGCAAAUAAAGGACGACAUGGAGCCCCGGCAAGACCUGGUUUUACUUAUGCCUCAGACAGAGACGCUGGAGUCUGGACGAGAUUUUACCGCAUCUACCAUUGGCGUUGCGACACAAUGUUCGCCGUUGACUCAGCGCUGCGUCGUACGUGUCACCGCUGGCUUGGAUUCGAACGAGACCUACGUACUGUUCAACUGCACACAAGACUUCCGAGGUGCCUUGGGAGCCCCCGAGUCCGUGGCAAAGGACACCGCGACUUGGACCAGGACUGAUGAUACAACGCCUGACUUCAACUUCAAGCUUGACCGGAAUUUUCAGUAUGCAUACUUUGCGGAUUCUGACUUGAAUGAGCCAUACAACUCGAUAGGCGGCACGCCUGGAUUGAAUACGGAUUCUACCGGGGAAGGCGCUCUGCCCGAGAAUAGUCUCCUCAGGAGAUAUCACCUGGCAGUUGCUGGCCUGGUGCCCGUCCAACGCAAUGCGGACGGCCGAAAUCUCCUCAGCGAUCCAGCAGCACUCGCUAUUGGCGAUUCCCUUAUAGCAUAUACACUCAAUUGCUCAGUGACAGCCUACGAGGUCAACUACACAUGGUUUGGUAACAAUAUACAGGAACUUAGUCGAGUCGAAACGACCAACGGCAGUAUUCUGGAACUCGCCCAUGGAAUGCAAGCUUCCGGUAUGCCGAGCUUGUCGCAAGCCCAGAGUAUGGCGAGCUUGACCUCGAGCAUGAGCGCCUUUGCCCGCACAUAUGCCAACCUGCAUUCGCAAGACACCGUCGCGCUGAUUGCCUCGGCGAUGUCGCCACGCGGAAAUCUCCAAGAGGCCACAACUAUCGACAUGCUUGUCGCCAAGGUGCCUCUGUGGUCCCUUGUUGCUCUGCUCGCGUCCAAUCUGGCAUUCAUCAUCUUCGCAUCCGUCCUUGCGGCACGCGCUCUGCUGCACAACUCUCCAGAAACCCGGGACAUGGUGGCGAAGCUGAGUGUUGAAGGCUUGACGGCUACCGCAUUUGAAGACCGCAACGGAAAACAGGAUCCAGGGCCGAUCGUCACGGAUGCGGACGACAUGUUUGAGGAGAGCCGCAUAGGCAUGGCGAGCAGGCGGGUUGCUCUGAGGCGGGCUACUGGAGGCACGAUGGCGCUGCGGAUUGAGCAACCCAAUCUUUGA